AUGUACUCCGAGACAGAUCCGCAUGAUGAGAACACCUCCACCAAAGCACCACAAACAAAUCCCAUAAACUUCAGCACUAAAUUCGGCAACGACCUAGUCCAAAUCAUCGUCGGAAAAGAAGAGCGGCUCUUCACCAUCCACAAAACCCUCCUCUGCAACAAAAUUCCCUACUUCUCCGCGCUCUUCAACGGUUCAUUUGCCGAAGCCGCCGAAAAGAAAGCCUGUUUCCCAGAUGACGAACCGGGAUCAUACGAUGUAUUAUUCCACUGGGUGUACACCGGAGUCCUCCCUCCCUUGACGUCCGACAAUCUCUCCGCGCCUAAGCAUGCCUGGAAUCCGGUGGCCGUCUUCAGUCUCGCAGACCGAAUGAUAAUCCCCGAACUCAUGGAUUCAGUGAUGGAUGCGUGGAUCCUGGGGGAUGCAGUUCGAUGCGAAUACCCAGGACUCGAAUUGACCGAGGAGAUAUACGACACCACGCCUGAGGGUUCCGCGUCGAGAAAAUAUCUAAUGAUGAGUGUGUUUCACAUGCUGAUGUAUCAUCGAAGCGAUGAAGGGAUGUAUAGUACGGAAGCGAUUCAGGAUGCUUUUCAUGAGAAUAAAGAGUUCUGUGGUGAUGUCCUUACACUUUUGCGAAACGAGACAAAAAUCCGGCCGACGGAUCCGAGGGGUAUUUGUGCGUAUAAUUUUCAUGUUGGUGGCGUGGCUCGGUGUGGGAAGUGUAAUGCUUCGGUAAGGGAAAUGGGCGAGGUUGUUGGGGGGCAGAAUGUGUCUGGUAAGGUUUCGAGUGAGUAUGUGUUCAAGGAUUAUACGAUCUGA